AUGGAGUCCAUUAAGGAAUCACUAUCUGCACUCACUGAUAUGUUCAAUGCGAGGAUGAACGAUUUCCAGCAAGACUUAAAUAAGACCUCAUCACCUGUCACAAAUCAUUCUUUACCAGUGGAAUUCAGUACCUUUAGAAGUUUUAUUCUCUCUGCGCUGAAUACCUUACAACGCCAGGUUGAAUGUCUAGCAUUAGAAAUUGACCGGCAAGAAAUGCGAAGGCGGCAUAAAAUGAUAUUAUUUCAUGGAGUGCCGGAACAGAAGGUCGAGGACACAACAGCAAAGAUUACUGGUUUGGUCGCUGAACACCUGGACUUGUCAAAUUUUUCUUCUGCAAGUAUUAAGCAGACCUACCGCUUGGGUCGUUCCUCUGAUAAACCUAGACCGAUUGUCGUAAAGUUUUCCGAUACUGCAGUGCGUAAUAAGGUAUGGUUUAGCAAAACCAAACUUAAAGGGACAGGCAUCACACAGUCCGAGUUCCUUACAAAGAGCAGACAUAACACCUUCUUGGAGGCUCGGCAACGCUUUGGUAUUGGCAAGUGCUGGACACGCAAUGGGUAUAUCCAUAUAAUUGCUUCUGAUGGUUCUAGGCAUCGUGCAGAAUGCAAACUGGAUCUCAACUCAAUUUCUUCCAAUCAGACUAAAUCUCCGACGCAAAUUCCAGUUGCAAGUUUAAAGCAGCGAUGGAAACACUUCAGAGACCACUACCAUAAAAAGAAAAAACAAACACAAAAAAAGACCAAAUGGAAAUAUAUGCAUUUACUUAGCUUUCUAUCACAACAUCCUAAAAAAGAUGCACUACCAGAAAAUAAGACUGAAAAAAAAGAAAUGGUACAAAAACUAUCGACAGCAGCACACAAUGAAUCCUCAGAUUUUUCAAAUGUGUCUGAGUUUGAAAACGAGGGAAGUGAAUCUGCUUCUUCAACGGGAAGUUUUAGUUACAAGCAAGCAGAGUUGCUGCAACCAGAAUUUGCGACUACAACUAAGCAUUUAGAUCCACCCUAUGAAGAAGCCAAAAAUCAAACAGACCACAAACACGCUCAAACCAUUAAAGAAAAACAAGAAUUACAAAGAUUUCUUCCAUACUUCCAAAGACUGGUAAGGGAUCAGGUAUUAAAGUCAUAUUCACAACCUGGAGCUCUCACUCUAUCCAGUCCAAAUCUCAAAUCUUCGGAAAGUCAAACUAGAGAAAUGUCUAUUGACACGUCUUUGGGACUUCAUGCAAAUUCUAAUAAUCACGAAAUACGUAAAAGUACAACAACAGAACCAACUUUAGUACCAGGUGUUUUUGGGGCAAACUCUGAAGCCAGUGGAAGUAGGUCAGAAGUAGCGAAAACUGCGGAAUUAAUUGAUAGAACUCGCAAAAUUUCCUCAAGCCAUGGAGACGAUUUUGACGGAUUACAGAUUGAUCAGUUAAGGAACCCUACGAUACGUAAAAGACCAUCUCCAAUCGAUCCAGUUCAUCGAUUUUACGACGCAGUUGCUGAGAUUGUUUCAAUGUUUCCACCACACUUGGUUUCCGAAGCGAAGCUCGCAAUUCACAAAAGCAUGAUGAUGUUCUCC